AUGUUCACGUGCGGGUCUGUCUGUAUCGACAGAAACGGUCUACACAAGAAGCUGCUCGACGCUGACAUCGCAGCAGCGCCGCAAACACUGCGGAGCUUCAGAGACAGCUACGCAGACAAAGGGUUGGAGAAUCGAAGUUCUCGUCAGAGAAUGUCAAGAGCAGACCUGGAGGCGAAACGUGGAGCAGCUGAGGGAGGAAGAACAAGCUACGGUGGAUGGGUUCCGUUAGGAGGAGCGAAACCCUUGAGGGUCAAGUUGGAGGACUUAGUCAAGAUCAAGGGGAUGAGUUCCUGUUUGGGCAAAGGAGUGAGUGGCACGGUCUGGAAGGUGAUGGAUCAAAGUGUUCAGGAAAUACUGGCGUUGAAAGAAAUGGCACUGGAAGCGGAUGAAGAGAAGUGCAAACUCAUCGUCCAAGAGAUGCAAAUAAUGUUGGAUCUCGAUCAUCCAUCAAUCGUCGCCUGCCAUGGCGUCUUCUAUGACAUGGGGAUCUUCAAAAUUGUCAUGGAAUUCAUGGACGAGGGUUCUUUGCUGGAUAUCUUGCGGUUUGGGGAUCACAAGGUCUCCGUUCCAGUGCUUGGAGGAUUGGCGAAACAAAUCUUGGAAGCGAUGCGAUAUUUGCACGUGGAGAAACGAGUGAUCCACAGGGACGUCAAGGUUGAUGAUCCUCAUGGUGGUAACCUAAAAGGUGAAUGCAAGCUUGCAGACUUCGGCGUAUGCAGAGGUUUUGAAAGACCAAUCAACAGCAAACCGAGAGAUCGAUACGACUCUACUUGUGCGACAUGGGUAGGAACUGUAACAUAUAUGUCACCCGAGAGAAUUCUUGGAAAUAGCUAUUCCUUCAAUGCCGACGUGUGGGCGCUGGGAGUGAUCAUGGUGGAAGCGGCUCUUGGAAGGUAUCCGUAUCUCGUCGAGGGAAUGGACAAGAAGAAGUUUGAGUUCUGGGAUCUGAUGGAUGUGAUGAUCAACUCGCAAUGCGCCACGUCGAAGCUUCCACACGACAUUGAUCCUGCGUUCAAGUCCUUCUGUCAGUACAUCCUCGAGAAGGAUCAUGAGCUGCGUCCGUCGUCGGUGGAUGCUUUAACGCAUCCAUUUCUGCAAACGAUUCACGAGGAUGUGAACAUUCACAUAGCUCAAUGGAUAUCGGAAGAUCGAAGAUCAAUGGACGCUAAGAAGAUUUCUCGAAGCCUCGGCGGCUUGAGCAUUGGCGAGCAGAAUGGAAGUGCGAGGUAA